AUGGCGUGCAGUAAAGUGAGGAAAAUUGAUCGAGAGUGCCGGGUUUUUAAUGAACAAUGGACCAGGGAUUAUUUUUUUGUUCCAUGGAAGGACCGUGCCAUUUGUAUUAUAUGUAAAGAAAACGUGUCCGUGUUUAAAGAAUACAACCUUCGCCGCCAUCACGAAACCCGUCACAAGGAGUAUGCUAGCUUGAAAGGGGCAGCGAGAGAUGACAAAGUUCGGCGACUGAAAGGUGGGCUAGCAGCUCAGCAGGAUGCCCUGCUCCGUCAAUCACGGGCCAACCUGGCUGCUGUCCGAGCAAGCUACAAAGCAGCUAACCUACUGGCUAUUCACGGCAAGCCGUUCACGGACGGUGAAUUCGGGAAGGCUAUGAUGCUGGCUGUGUCUGAGGAAGUGUGCCCCGAGAAGACGGAUACCUUCAGAGGGGUGAGUCUCUCGGCACAAAGCAUGACUAGGCGAAUUGAGGAGAUGGGGGAAAACGUCCUUGACCAACUCAGAGAGAAAGCGAAAGAUUUUGUUUUUUUUGCUUUAGCCAUGGAUGAGAGUAAUGACGUGAAGGACACGGCACAGCUCUUGAUUUUUAUCCGUGGUGUUAACGCUCGUUUUGAGGUAUCAGAGGAGCUAGCAUCUCUGAACAGUUUAAAAGGGACAACAACGGGUGAAAACAUAUUCGCCGAAGUUUGCAAAACAAUGGACGAGCUUGGUCUGCAAUGGACGAAGUUUGCCAGUGUUACAACAGAUGGUGCGCCUUGCAUGGUCGGAUCGACAAGGGGGCUAGUAGGGCGCUUGAACGGCGAGUUCGAGGAGCGAGGUCUCGCUCCACCGAUUCAAGUUCACUGUUUGAUCCACCAGCAAGCGCUGUGCUGCAAAGUGUUAAAGUGGGUGUCUGUGAUGAAGGUGGUCGUGCAGUGUGUCAACUACAUCCGGAAAAAUGGGCUGAAACACAGGCAGUUCCAGGCCUUUCUCUCCGAAUUGGGGUCUGCCUACCAGGAUGUGCUGUACUACACCGAAAUUCGAUGGCUUAGUCGAGGCAAAGUAUUGCGCCGUUUCUACGACCUGCUGCCCGAAAUUAAUACCUUCCUCCAGUCUAAAGGUGAAACGGUACAGGAGCUGACGGACCCGGGGCGGAAAUGGGACCUCGCGUUUUUAACUGAUGUGACUGAAGUGUUGAACCACCUCAACCUACAGCUCCAAGGCAAAGGGAAUCUCAUCAGUGACAUGUAUUCCCACAUAAAAGCAUUCGAGGUCAAACUGCAGCUCCUUCUGCGACAGGUCCAAAAGCUGGACUUCACACAUUUCCCUGCCACCCAAAUGUACUGCGCCGAGAAACCAGCUGCCCCUUUCCCUGUCGCGAAGUGCAAGGAUGCCCUGGAGAUGCUGCAGCGAGAGUUCAGUGUGCGCUUCCGCGAGCUUCAUGUCAACAACAAAGACAUACGUCUGUUCCAGAACCCGUUUGCUGCUGACAUAGACGACGCACGUCCCUCUCUUCAGUUUGAACUAGCCGAGCUGCAGAAUUGUGAUGUCCUUAAAGACGCAUUCAAGCCUGACAGCCUACUUGAGUUCUAUGCUGCUCUACCAGAGUGCACAUACCCAAACAUCAAACAACAUGCUCUGAGGAUGUGCACCGCAUUUGGCAGCACCUACACGUGUGAGCAGACGUUUUCCCGCAUGAAGCAAAUAAAAAAUCCAACGAGGAACAGACUCUCAGAUGAACAUUUGCAUCAAACUUUGAGACUGGCAACCACUAGGCUACACCCAGACAUCGGACUUCUCGCCAGCCAGAAGCAGGCACACAGUUCACACUGA